UGAUCGAGCAGCUUCCCAUGGAUCUGCGCGACAGGUUCACCGAGAUGCGCGAGAUGGACCUGCAGGUGCAGAGAGAAAAUUUUGUUUCCUGCUCAGUUUGUAACUGGCUAGAAUGUUCCAAAGUCAGCAGUCUAGAGCCCUGGGUGAGGAGUUUGGGUCGUGCUUUAAGUCACUACCACUGCUCUUAGGGACAAAAAACCUUUAGAACUUGGAGUCCUGCCUGCCCCAUGCUGGAGAGCACAAGAACCUUGAUGAGAAUCCUACCAGAAUGCAAUUCUGCUUCUUGGAAAUUAAGAUGCAAUGGAUCAGCUUGAGCAGAGGGUAAAUGAAUUUUUUAUGAAUGCAAAGAAAAACAAACCUGAAUGGAGAGAAGAACAAAUGACAUCAAUCAAAAAAGAUUAUUAUAAGGCUUUGGAAGAUGCAGAUGAGAAAGUGCAACUGGCUAAUCAGAUAUAUGAUUUGGUAGACCGUCAUUUGAGAAAAUUGGACCAGGAACUUGCGAAAUUUAAAAUGGAACUUGAAGCAGAUAAUGCUGGAAUUACAGAAAUAUUAGAGAGACGGUCUCUGGAGCUGGAUACACCAUCACAACCUGUGAAUAACCAUCACGCCCAUUCUCACACUCCAGUAGAGAAAAGGAAACACAAUCCAUCUUCUCACCAUAGUGCAACAGAUCAUGUUCCUGAAAAGAAGUUUAAAUCUGAAGCUCUUCUAUCUACCCUGACUUCAGAUGCUUCUAAAGAAAAUACACCAGGGUGUCGAAACAGUAAUUCAUCAUCCUCUUCAAACAAUGCAUACAAUACAAACUCUUCUCAACCAUUGGCAUCAUAUAACCUGGGCUCAUUAUCUUCAGGAUCCGGGGCCGGUGCAAUUACCAUGGCAGCAGCUCAAGCAGUGCAAGCCACGGCACAGAUGAAGGAAGGAAGACGAACAUCCAGUCUAAAAGCCAGCUACGAAGCAUUUAAGAACAAUGAUUUUCAACUCGGAAGAGAAUUUUCGUUAUCCAGAGAUUCAACUGGAUAUUCAUCAUCAGCUCUGGCAUCUACAUUAACACAGACAUUAAGUUCAUCAGCCACAGAUUCACGAAGUGGUAGAAAAAGCAAAAACAACAACAAAUCCUCAAGUCAGCAGUCCUCAUCAUCUUCCUCUUCUUCCUCUCUAUCAUCUUGUUCUUCUUCGUCUGCACUGGCACAAGAACUGUCUCAGCAAACAGCAGUAAUACCAGAGUCUGAUUCUAAUAGCCAGGUUGACUGGACCUAUGAUCCAAAUGAGCCCCGUUACUGCAUCUGUAAUCAGGUGUCCUAUGGUGAAAUGGUAGGCUGUGAUAACCAAGAUUGCCCCAUUGAGUGGUUCCAUUAUGGAUGUGUUGGACUGACAGAAGCACCAAAAGGGAAAUGGUACUGCCCACAGUGUACAGCUGCAAUGAAGAGAAGAGGCAGUAGGCAUAAAUAAGGUUCUUCAUCUGGAAAACAAAUUACAUACUUAAAGUUUUAUAGAGGACUUGGGAGGGGGGGGAGCCCCCGUCACACUUCAUCGCAACCACUUAAGGGUUAACAUAGCAGUCGUAAGAUCUUGAACUAUUGAUUUUGCUAGUUGUGUUUUAAUAUUGUAAGUAAAUUAUUUAUGCACAUUUCUGUGCUACAGAUACUAUUCCAGUGAGCCUUGGAUUGUUCCAGUGGCCAGCAUAUGCAGACAUUUGUACUAUCAGACCGUUUUCUCUAAGCAGUGGGCAUUCUACAAUUAUCCAAUCUUCCAAAAAUUCCAAUAAGUCAAGAUUUUAAAUGUAUGUUUUAUAUACAACAGAUAUAUUCUGCUGCAUGUACUGUAUUCAAGAGCUGUUAUGUAACACUAUGUAUAUAAAUGGUGCAAAAAGUCAGUGCGUCUGAAAAAAAAACGAGACAAUGGUUUUUAAAAUGCCUUUAUAGCUUUGGUUCUUUAUGAAACUUAAUUCAGCAGGCUGAAGAAAAUGGUUCUUGUAUACAGCGGGCUGUUGUCCUCUAGGGUACUUGAGUAUGUAAAAACAAAAAAAAAUGCUGUAGAAUAAAACAAACUUGUGCCAUUAGUCUUUAUAUGUUUCUGCUCCAGAGAAGGCGCAGGCCAUAAGAGGAAAAUAAGGUGUAAAAGUGACGAUAAAUUUUUAUACCAAAUGUGUUUAUUUUUUUGUGCAAGUAAUCCUUUAAAUUUGAAUUGUAUUAGGUGUUAAAAUAAAACAACCUCAACUCCUCAAA